CAUCUUGCUCUCUCGCUGGACACAGACUUGUGCUCUCAACGUCUACAAUACUGUCGACAAGCUGUGUGGCACUGUAAAUGUACCAGCUGCAUUUGUAGCCUCCGUGGAACCAGGCGAGUACAAAUUCAUGCGUCUUUCGAGGACACGUCUGCUUGACGACCGGGCCCAAUCUUCCGAGGUAAUGUGGAAAUAUGAAAACGCCGCGUUUAAGCCUACAAGACGCGCGGAAACCAUUGAGGCAGCAGUCAAUUGCAGCGAGCACAGCGAGGAGGAUUCUGUCCAAAGCUUUGACAUGAAUGAUGAAGGCUGGAUGUUUGACAUUAAUCUCUUCGACAGCCAUGAGCCUUGUUGCAUCUUCAACGUCAUGCUCACUGACAGUCCAAAAAAUCUCACUUGUGUCGGUCUUGGUAAGAUGCAUCUCAACCUUUACACAAGAGGCGGGAGCUUACUGGCGGGGCAUUGUGCUUGGUUGAUACAAGGCGAAAAGAGUGAAUGUGGAAGAUCAAUCACACCAGGUCCCAUGGUGAGGUCGUCUCCCAAAUAUCAACGCCGGAUUCGGCCCGAAGUUUCGCAUGUCAUAGGAGUCAAACAAAGACAGUAGCAGGUGAAAACACAGUGCUUCGGCUUGAUGAUUCAUGUUUAU